UAUUAAUUUUUAUCUUCUUCUUCUCUUCAUGAGUAUCACCGCCAGUAGUCGUUUCCCUUCUCGCUAAUCAACCACGUUGCGUCUCAACUUGUCAAUCGAACUCCUCACCAUGACGUCGCUAAACCAAUAUUGCGCUCGCUUCGUUAGUAGGUCUGUUUUGUAGGGGAGGCUCGAUGUAGAUUGGUGGGAAAUAUCUAGAAUGUGAUGUUGACAAAAACUCUGCAACAACUACAGUUUCUGAGUACAUAAACCCACUUUUGUUCUUGUGUUCAUCAAUGGCGCCCGUAGACCCACAUUCUUACACUGAUUCAACCCAUGCUCAAAUCCUUCACUAUUCCCUCUCUUUCUUCUUCGAUUUUCCUUCCACUCUCAUCCAUGCAUCUGCUCUAAUCACUCUUUCCACUUCCUACUAUGGUUCAAUCUCCCUCGAUACUCGUUCUCUCAUUAUUCAUUCCGUUAUUGACCCCAUGUCCCAUUACCCCAUUCCAUUCUCCCUUUCUCCCUCUGAUCCCAUCAAGGGAUCUCUUCUCUCCAUUACGCUCGGUGGUCAAUCCGCUUUAAUUGUCACUUAUAGUACUACCGUUGAAUCUUCGGCUCUUCAAUGGCUGUCUCCUCCACAGACUUUCAACAAAACCCAUCCCUUUGUCUAUACACAGUGCCAUCCUAUUCAUGCUCGUUCCAUUUUACCUUCCCAAGACACUCCAGCGUUCCGUAUCCGUUACUCUGCGCGAUUGAAUAUUCCUCAGGAAUUAACGGCAGUCAUGGCAGCGCGCCAUGUGGAACGACGCCCGCCGGUUGCUGGCGAGGCUAAGUUAUUGGCUGGAGGGUUUGAUUUGCUGUGGGCCGAUGAAGGGAGGGUGGUGGAAGAAUUUACGAUGGUGCAUCCGAUUGCUCCGUACUUGUUCGCUUUUGCUGUCGGAGAGAUUGCGUUCAGGGAAGUGGGACCGAGGACAAGAGUUUAUGCAGAAUCAGUGCCGUCAGUGCUCGAUGCUGCAGCGAGAGAAUUUGCGGGGACAGAAGAUUUGAUAAAGCAAGGAGAGAAGUUAUUUCGACGUUACGGUUGGGAGCGAUUCGAUUUGCUUGUGUUACCUCCGAGCUUUCCUUAUGCUGGGAUGGAAAAUCCGAAGAUGGUGUUCUUGACACCGACGGUGAUAAAGGGAGAUUCAACAGGGGCGCAUGUGGUUGCUCAUGAACUUGCUCAUAGCUGGACUGGGAAUCUGAUCACUAACAAAAACAACGAACAUUUUUGGUUGAACGAGGGUUUUACAACUUAUGCAGAAAGGAGAAUCAUUGAGGCUGUGCAAGGGAAUGAUGCAGCUGCUCUCAAUAUGGGAAUUGGUUGGAAGGGUUGGAAAGAGGAUGUUGAAAAAUUUAAGGAUAAUUUAGAAUUCACAAAGCUAAAGACGAAUCAAGAAGGCGUGGAUCCAGACGAUGUGUAUUCUCGAAUACCUUAUGAAAAGGGUUUUCAGUUCCUAUGGCGUAUUGAGCGCCAGGUGGGAAGGCCCGAAUUUGAUAAAUUUCUGAGGGAAUAUAUUUCUAUCUAUAGCUUUAAGACAAUAGAUACAGAGACCUUUCUUGAUUUCUUGAUAAGAGAGUUCCCUGGAAUAGAGGAAGAAAUAGAUUUGGAACUCUGGAUUGAAGGCACUGGUAUCCCUCCAGAUGCUCAGGAACCAGUUUCUUAUUUGUACAUGAAGAUCCUAUCGCUAGCCAAUGACUUUAAGCUUGGUAAAAUGCCCAAGGAAGAAGAAACUGCUGAUUGGGGAGGCCGGGGAUGGGAGCUGUACUUGGAGAAUCUGCCAAGAUCCAUUGAAGUCUCACAGAUUCAGGCGCUAGAUGUGCGGUAUAGAUUCUCGGAAUCAAAGAAUUACGAUAUCAAAGUUGCAUUUCUUGAACUAGCUAUUUCUUCGAAGUACCGAGAUUGCUAUGCUGAGGUUGAGAAAACUUUGAAGGAAGUUGGGAGAAUGAGGUACCUUCGCAAACUGUACGGUGCUCUUACACAAGGCCCUGGGAUGGAAGAAGAGAAGAUUUUAGCAAAUAGGAUAUAUUCUGAAGCUCGUGAGAGUUAUCAUCCGAUCGCCCAAAGGGUGGUCGAGUUCAUGUUUUCCAAGAACUUGUAAGUAUUUGAACCUUAUCUUCCCACAGUAUGCUUGGAGAGCCUCUCUCUAGCAUUAUGGUCUAUAAGCCCUUGCGGCCAAACUAUUUCCAUAGCUUUGGGACACAAGUCCCUGUUUUUCAUGCGUUUCCUUUUCUUAUAGGAUGAUAUGUAUUUGAACACCAAUGCUUUUCCUUUUCUUAUAGGAUUGCAUAACAGUAUUAAUUUCUUAACCUUUAUUAGAUUAAUGGUAGAAAAUUGGAUCUGAGUUAAGAAUUUGAAUAUUGA